UUCAUCCUUCUCCACACCAUAAUCGAAGCGGAACAAGUGCUCCUUUGAGAGGGUUCAGACAGCAGAGGAGUAACGAUGCCGUUCUCUCAGAUCGCCAUUGGACGUCCGGAGGAGGCAACUCACCCGAGUGCACUCAAGGCCGCGCUCGCUGAGUUCAUAUGCACCCUCAUCUUCGUCUUCGCCGGCCAAGGCUCCGGCAUGGCCUACAACAAGUUGACGAGCGACGGGGCGGCGACGCCCACGGGACUGAUCGCGGCGGCGCUGGCGCACGGCUUCGCCUUGUUCGUGGCGGUGUCGGUGGGGGCUAACAUCUCCGGCGGGCACGUGAACCCGGCGGUGACCUUCGGAGCGUUCGUUGGCGGGAACAUCACGCUGCUGCGGGGCAUCCUCUACUGGAUCGCGCAGCUGCUGGGCUCCACCGUGGCCUGCCUCCUGCUCCGCUUCUCCACCGGCGGGCUCGAGACCGGCACCUUCGGGCUGUCCGGGGUGAGCGCGUGGGAGGCGCUGGUGCUGGAGAUCGUCAUGACCUUCGGCCUCGUGUACACCGUCUACGCCACCGCCGUGGACCCCAAGAAGGGCAGCCUCGGCACCAUCGCCCCCAUCGCCAUCGGCUUCAUCGUGGGCGCCAACAUCCUCGUGGGCGGGCCCUUCAGCGGCGCCUCCAUGAACCCCGCCGUGUCCUUCGGCCCGGCCCUCGUCAGCUGGUCCUGGACCCACCAGUGGAUCUACUGGCUCGGUCCGCUCAUCGGCGGCGGCCUCGCCGGGAUCGUCUACGAGUUCUUCUUCAUCAGCCACUCCCACGAGCAGCUCCCGACCACCGACUACUGAGGCGGCUGUCGAAGUCGUCGGCGCUCCUACGUACUUAUUUCGAAAAGUCCGUGCACUUUGCUUCCUUCGAUCAUGCACCUUGUUGUUUAUCCUUAUUUCUCUCUGCUCCUGUUCCUUGAUUCAAGUCCUCGAUCCAUCUCUGACUCCAUCUCCAUACAUCCAAGAUCACGAGAUGGUGGUGUGCUCCUUCGUGUGUAAUCUCCGGUCGAUCAUGAUCGUGAUGGUGGUCAGUGUUUGUUCUGA